CACACACACAUUUUCUCUCUCGCUUUCUUUCUCUCCCUCUCCUCAUAUCCACCGGCAACUGAGCAGGCUCCCUCACCAAGCCCGUGGAUCCCUUCACUUGACUAAUUAGCCUUGAAGUGCUGUUGAAGAUCAUCAUAUUUAGCUUAGUGACCUAGCGGCAGAGUGCAGACAGAUAUAGACUUGGCUGGCUGGAGGCAGAGUGCCUGGCAGCGGGCAAGCUCUCUAUCUCUCUCUAUUCACACUCACCGCCGAGGGCUUCUCAGUGGCGGAGCGGCGGAAGUGAGGGGCGUUUUUGCUUUGAAAGAGACGAGAAGGGGAAAAGAGAAAGAAGCGGAGCUGAGACCACAACAAAACCUCAGAAUGGAAGUCCGCUGCAGGAGCACAACCUCCUAGAGACAGAAACUGUGAGGUGGCAGCCGUUACUUUGCAGCAGCACUGCUUCCAACAAAAAGACAUAGAAGAUGAUGGACAGUCGCCUGUCAGCACAGGAGAGGACAAUGAGGAACCUUCCUCCAGACAGAGGCUUUCAGAAAACCAGCACCUACAUCGUGCCCUGCUUCCUCUUUGUGGAGCUGGUCAUCAUGGCAGGGACCGUUCUGUUGGCGUACUACUUUGAGUACACAGACACGUUCCCCGUGCACAUCCAGGGCUUCUUCUGCUUUGACAAAGCUUACUCCAAGCCGUACCCAGGACCAGAAGAAAACAGCAAGGCUCCACCUGUCCUCGUCUACUCUCUCGUCACCGCCAUACCCACUGUGACGAUUCUUAUCGGGGAGGUGACCAGUUUUUUUGUGAAGACAGAAGGCGCUCAGGAGAAGACCAUAGUGACGGCUGACUGCUGUUACUUCAACCCUCUCCUCCGUAGGAUCGUACGUUUUCUGGGUGUGUACUCUUUCGGCCUCUUUACCACCACCAUCUUUGCCAAUGCCGGUCAGGUGGUGACAGGAAACCAGACGCCUCAUUUCCUAUCUGCCUGUAAGCCAAACUACACAGCUCUGGGCUGCCAGUCUCCACUGCAGUACAUCGCAGAGCACCGAGCCUGCACAGGAAACCCGUAUCUGGUGGUGUCCGCCCGCAAAUCCUUCCCCUCCAAAGAUGCAGCGCUCAGCUUCUACUCAGCCAUCUACACGGUGAUGUAUGUGACUCUGGUGUUCAGGACAAAAGGGACCCGCCUGAUGAAGCCCACAUUAUGCUUGGUGCUGCUGUCUCUGGCUGUGCUGGUUGGGGUGGUGAGGGUGACUGAACACAGGAACCACUGGAACGAUGUUCUGGCUGGAUUCGUAACGGGUGGUGCCAUUGCUGCCUUUCUGGUGUCAUGUGUGAUCAACAAUUUCAGGCCAACCCAGAUAGCAGCGUCGACUCCUCCACCUCCUCAGCGCUCAGAGCCCCCCGUUGGGCUGCCUCUUCUCAGCCUGCCCCGCGUGGAGAGUCCACUUGAAAAGCUCCAGGGCUACCGUAUUCUGAGAUCACAUGACCAUCAGCCAAUCCCGUCCCCUGCCCCUCCCGAUGUGCUCCUCCCCUCACGACGUUGCCUCACCAGCGCAGUCUAGACCUGCCCACUGAGUGCCCCCCGCCCUGCCACGCCCACCCUGAAGGACGAAAGCCUCUCAGACGAGUCAAAUCCACCCAGGUCUGAAGGUCCACCCGUCACAUGAGACAAACCAGCAAAAAUCACACACAGCGAGCCUGGCCAAAAUUCGCCAUCUGCUAAGGACCAGACGGAGACAGAGACCUGCCCUCCUUACCUUGCACUGUCCUGUUUGUCAUCCACGGUGGCCUACCUUCUCCUUUGGGUGAAAAAGACCCAUUUCAUGACUCGCCAAAGCCAGAGCUGUUAAAGCAAUACUGUUUCCUGCUUUCUUGUCCAGUUUUUCCACAAAGACUAUAAAGACUGUUGGCUGGUGAUGACUUGAUAUUUUAAAAACAACAACAACAA